CCUGGCGGAGAAAUAGUUCAGAGUACACAAAUAAACAACGCUAACGAUAGUGAACGUUCUUGAACGUUUUUACCGAAAAACGAAUAAUUUGUUGUUUUCAAUACAAAGGAUCGCACUUUUUGGAAAAUAUGGGUCGAAGAAAGAGUAAAAGGAAGCCUCCACCAAGAAAGAAGAACAUCGAACCAUUGGACACGCAGUUUAACUGUCCUUUUUGCAACCACGAAAAGUCUUGCGAAGUCAAAAUGGAUAAGGGCCGCUCUGCAGCGCGGAUAACGUGUAGAGUGUGCGCUGAAGAUUUUCAAACGACUAUAAAUCUGUUAUCCGAACCCCUGGAUGUGUACAAUGAUUGGGUAGACGCCUGUGACACCGCUAACUGACGAAUUUUUAUUUUGACUGCAUAAAUGUGACAAAUCUUGAGCCAAUGUUUAAGCAGAGCUGCUUGUAAAUUCAAGGACUCAAGUAAACCAUUUUCUCCGAAUUUUUCUGGGUAAACUGCGAUUUAUUUAUAACUAGAUUAUCAAUUUAAUUAAAAUCAAGAAAAUAUGUAAUUUCAUGUGAAUUGUUUAUAGGUUAUAGUUUUUAUUGUAAAUUUAAGAAAUUACAGAAAGAUCGAUUGUGUUUGUACUUUGUAUUUUGUGAAAGUGUCGAAAAAGACGUGAGGAAUGAAGUUUUAUGAAACUUUGUACAAUUGUAAUUCGUAUAUUUUCAUUUUAUAAUAUAUGUGUUCAUGAAAUCAUUUCCCUAA